GCAUGUAUGAAGCACAGGAGGGCGAUAGAUUCAAGCGUUUCACGAGCGAGUUCUGUAGUGAUUUGUAUCCAUAUUCUCUCUGCAUUAUACCAUUCCCUGUCUCUCUCUUUCUCUCUCCCAAAAUUCAAAAAAACUGCGUCGGUGAUGCUUCCUUUAAACUCACACACACCCACAAGAUUGCAGCUCUCUUUGUACGUAAGGCUGUUCAAGAAUUUCUGGGCUUCUUAGUAAGAAGAACAAGAAGAAGAAGGGUGGAAUUUGGACAUGGCGAUGAUGGCAAGGCCAUUGUAUAGAGGUGUUUCUGGUGGGGGUGAGGGGAAGUUCUAUGGGAACAACCAUGAAUUCUGGGAUGAUUCUCAGAAGAAAGAUAGGAUAGAGGAGGAAGAACAAGAAUUGGACAAUUUUCAAUCAACUAAGGAUCAUACUUGUUGGCCUAUAAAACUCCCUUUAAGGAUUAUUUUCCCUGAUGAUUCAUCCUUGAAACAUUGUGUUAGUGGAACUCGGCGGAAUAGACUAAAGUUCACCUUGCAUUUGCUCAAAUUGAGUUUAGUUGCAAUAGUAGUUGUUGCUCUUACUGAAUCCUUUUGGUGGACAAUGGCGAUGACCCGAACAUCAAAGGGUGAAGUGUAUCGUGGGGAUCGCCGGCUUCAGGAACAAGUCGUGUUGGAUUUGAAGGAAAUUGGGCAGAUUUCUCUCGGUUCUGCUAAGCUGAAGGAUCUCGAGUACUGUCCUCCCGAGACUGAUGAGAAUUACGUCCCCUGCUUCAAUGCUUCCGAGAGUCUUGAAAUGGGCUUUUCUAAAGGCGAAGAAUAUGAAAGGCAUUGUGGAAUUGGGUCCAAACAAGGCUGCUUGAUUCUUCCGCCUAUUAACUACAAGCCGCCUCUAAGGUGGCCUACGGGAAAGGAUGUUAUUUGGCUUGCAAAUGUUAAAAUCACAGCUCAGGAGGUACUAACUUCUGGGAGUUUGACAAAGAGGAUGAUGAUGUUGGAGGAUGAGCAGAUUUCGUUUCGUUCAGAUCCUGCCAUGUAUGAUAGUGUCGAAGACUACUCGCAUCGAAUUGCUGAAAUGAUCGGGCAACGAAAUGCAUCCUAUUUCGUACAAGCUGGAGUUCGACUUAUCUUGGAUAUUGGAUGUGGUUUUGGUAGCUUCGGGGCACAUCUUUUCUCCAGCCAACUAUUGACUAUGUGCACUGCAAGCUACGAGGAUUCUGGCAGUCAAGUUCAACUCACUCUCGAAAGAGGCCUUCCAGCAAUGAUUGGUUCGUUCACUUGGAAGCAAUUGCCAUUCCCGUUCCUUUCGUUUGAUAUGAUACACUGUGCCGACUGUCAGGUGGACUGGGACAAGAAAGGUGGAAUCCUUUUGAUUGAAGCCGACAGAAUGCUGAGACCCGGUGGAUAUUUCGUGUGGACAUCGCCUGUCCUGAAUGCUCGUCUGUACCCUCGUGAGAAACAAAACCAGAAGAAGUGGAACUCUGUCCGCGAUUUUGCAGAUAAUCUUUGCUGGAAACUAUUGUCACAGCAAGAGGAAACUGUUGUUUGGAAGAAGACGAGUGAAAAGAAGUGUUAUGCUGCGAGGAAACCGGGUUCUGGCCCUCCGCUUUGCAAUAGAGGCCAUGAUAUUGAAUCUCCAUAUUAUCGACCCCUCGAGGCUUGCAUUGGAGGAACACAGAGCCGUCGAUGGGUUUCAAUAGAGAAACGGACUAAGUGGCCUUCUCGGGCUGCAUUAAGCUCAUCUGAACUUAAAGUCCAUGGUUUGCAGCCCGAAGAUAUUGCAGAAGAUUCCCAUUACUGGACCUCUUCUGUUAAGAACUAUUGGUCGUUGCUCUCGCCAUUAAUCUUCUCUGAUCAUCCAAAGAGACCUGGCGACGAAGACCCUUCUCCACCCUAUAACUUGCUCAGGAACGUGCUAGACAUGAACGCCCGUUUUGGUGGUUUGAAUGCUGCUUUACUGGAAGCAGGAAAGUCGGUUUGGGUCAUGAAUGUUGUUCCCAGUGGUGCACCCAACCACCUUCCCCUCAUCCUCGACAGGGGAUUCGUUGGCGUAUUACAUGAUUGGUGUGAAGCAUUUCCAACUUACCCAAGAACGUAUGAUCUAGUCCAUGCAUACGGCCUUCUAACUCUCGAAUCUGAGCAGCAUAGCAGAUGCGGGAUGCUCGAUCUGUUCAUCGAGAUAGACCGGUUAACUCGUCCCGAGGGAUGGAUUAUCAUACGCGACACAGUUCCCCUCGUAGAUUUAGCAAGAGCUCACUCAACACGCCUGAAAUGGGAUGCUCGAGUUGUGGAGAUCGAAAGCAAUAGCGACGAGAAACUUUUAGUUUGCCAGAAACCCAUCAUUAAAAGACAAGCAAGCUAAUUAAGCUAGAAUCUGCAGGCUGUAGUAUAUAUAUAUAUAUAUACUCCAUUUCCAUUUUCUUGAUCUGAACUAAUGGCGAUAUUAUAUUGUUCCACCAAAAGGAUGGAAUUCAAAGUUGUUUCUUCAAAACAAGGAUGAAUGAAGCAGAAGAACACAGAGCUAUGGAGCCGUAAGGUCUGCAUAGGAUCAUCCAUGUAAUUACACAUUGCAGCACAGAUCUGUCAAGAAAACAAUGGCGAUCUCUCUGCAAGUUUUUACAUUGUGAAGAACUGGAGAUGUUAAAGAAUAAGGGAAUUGCAAUUUGCUUUACUAUAUAUAUUAAAGCUGGAGAUGUUAAAGCUGUGAUUUUU